CACUGCACUGGAGAAUGUACUGCGUGCUCGAUGCGUGUCUCGAGGCUUCAGUGUCAUACGUACAAUCACUACCGAAGAAACCCGGUUGGACAAGAGCUCUUACAAAUUGAGCAGAGGCGAGAAUAAACACAGACAGUACGUUUACAUGGACAACAUCCAUCCAUCCAUCCAUCCAUCCAUCCAUCUUCUACUGCUUACUCCUUCUUCAGGGUCGCAGGGGAACCUGGAGCCUAUCCCAGGGAGCAUCAGGCACAAGGCGGGGUACACCCUGGACAGGGUGCCAGUCCAUCGCAGGGCACACUUACAUGGACAACAAUAAUCCGAUAUUAACCUGAUUAAGACAAUAUUCUGAUUAUGAAACUAGCAUGUAAACAGAGCUUUCUGAUGUGGCUAAAGUCAUGUGACAUGUGGAGUAUUCCUAUUUUAGUCACAUUAUCGAAGUGCAUUAUAGACUAUGAUUACGUUUACAUGGACAGCAAUAACCUAAAUAUUGACCUUGUUCUGAAUAAGAUAAUAUUGUGAUUAAGGUGUUUACAUGACUUGCUUUUAGUAUAUUCCUUUCAUGUUCCCGUUUUACAUGUUAUAGAACAUAGAUUGAUUAACGGCACGUCAUUACGUCCCCACGCCGUCUGACGUUCCUUCCAUAAUUUCACGCAAUAACAUACAGUUCAUCUUCGUUAUUGUACCGUAUACAGUUUUGGGUGUUUUUUAUGUUUAAUUUCAUGAAAGCGUCAAGUGCAGUUAAUUAUUAGUCAUGCUAUACCUGUAAAUAGACGACUGCUUGAAGCUGUGGGCUGCGUCCAAAACCGCGUACUUACCUACUGUGUAGUAGCUGAAGUACAUGUAUUUCACCUACUAUACAGUAGGUAAGUAUGCGGUUUGGGACGCAACCGUGCUCUCUUCUUUGCCGUCAAACGUUUGAUCACUGCUGUGUGUGUAUGUAUCCUGUCGCAAAAUGCGGUGAAAACUCCCACACGGAGUUAAUAGUGUGAUUAAGGUGUGUACAUGUUGUUUGUAAUGUACUUCGAUAAUGCGACUAAAACAGGAGUACUCCACAUGUCUUAAUUCGAUUUGUGUUUACUUUGAGUAUGACUUAAACUACCGGAUUAAGGUCAUCAAUAAUUGCUGUUUACAUGGUCAUUUCUUAAUCAGAGUAUUGUCUUAAUUGGGUUAAUAUUGGAAUAUUGUUGUCCAUGCAAACGUACUGAUAAACAUGUACACACCUUAAUCACACUAUUAACGUCGUGACUUCAACAGUUCCAGACCAUUAUGGGGAGGAAAUCACACAAAUAGGAAGGGAAAAAUACUCGAAGACUUCAUCAGCCACAAUGAACUGUGUAUCCUCAAUACACCAUCAGGGAAUACGUCUAGCUCUUAGAGCCUUCAGAACAAUUCCCAUUAAAAGCCUUUAUACAGAGGCCGGUGAAACUUCCCUCCAGGAUAAGCGUCUGAAACUGGCCUUACAAUAUGCAGCCAAACUCAAAGCUUAUCUAAGUAAUCCAGCCUUUACACCAGUAUUCUAACAAGAAUGUUCUUAUCUUUAUGAAGCUAGACCUAAAGCGAUCAAAACUUUUGGAGUAUGGAUUAAACUAUACUUGGAGAAUUUGAACAUCAAGCUGGACAACAUAAGAUAGAAUCAUUUUUCGCCUUUUACCAAACCCCACCUGGACCAAAUAUUCCAACCUGGACCAAACCAACUUUUAUUAAGGCAUUGGCUUAGCACAACUUAAAAAGGCUGAAACACUUCUGCGUAUGAACAGGAAUUCUUGGAACUGAAAUGUACUUUCCCACUACAUAGUACAGUAGUCACGGAUGGAUCCAAAACGUAUAACAGUUUAUCAACAGCAGUACAUUUGCAUUUAUUCAUUUAGCAGACACUUUUAUCCAAAGCGACUUACAAAUGAGAAAAUACAAGCAAGAUAUAUCAAUCAGAGAACAAGGUGUACAGCAGUAGUGAUUGGAGAUCAACAAUCUGUCAUUCAUAUUCCAGAACAGAGCUCUAUCUUCACAGCUGAGGACCGAGCGCUGCUACUGGCACUGGCAAACAUUGAGCAGGGUCGAGGACAAAACUUCUUAAUCGCUUCAGACUCAGUCUUGCCUUCAAGCACUUGAAUCCAUGGAGACCGAUCAUCCCAUAAUCAUAAACAUUUUGACUAAAAUACAUCGAUUACAGAAGAAGGAUUUCAACAUUAUCCUCCGUUGGGUGCCGGAACAUAUUGGUCUGGCAGGAAAUAAAAAGGCAGAUAUGGCUGCAAAAGGGGCAUUAAACUUUGAGACCUCGGAAUGUCUGAUACCACCCUUCGACCUCAGGCCAUUAAUAAACUUGUAUAUCACCAACAAGUUGCAAUCAGAAUGAAAUGAGUGCAACAGCAAUAAAUUAUACAGAAUAAACCCCAGGAUCCAAAGAAAUUACUUUCAAAUAACCACAUGGUCGAAUUUCUUCUUUCCUCAUAGUAAAUAUGGCAGAUCAGAUCCUCUCCGGGGCCCGAGAUGCUGUUCUGAAACAGAGUGGCACUCUCCCAGAGGACAUGCCAGAGAUCAGAGGUUAUGAUUUUAAUCAGGGAGUAGACCACAGAGCUCUGCUGAACUCCUUCCUCACCACUGGCUUCCAGGCUAGCAGUUUUGCCAUGGCUGUACAGGAGAUCAAUAAAAUGAUUGACAGACGACUGGAGCCGGUGGAGGAGCAGGAAAAUGCCUGUGACUCUCAGCAGAGUCAGUCGGGAUGUACCAUCUUCUUAGGCUAUACAUCCAACCUCAUCAGCGCCGGGGUCCGUGAGACCAUCCGCUACCUUGUCCAGCACAAAAUGGUGGAUGUGAUCGUGACAACCGCAGGAGGUAUUGAGGAAGAUCUCAUUAAAUGUUUGGCUCCCACCUAUCUGGGUGAGUUUAGCCUUCCAGGAAAAGAGCUACGACAGAGAGGCAUCAACAGAAUUGGCAACCUGUUGGUCCCUAAUAACAACUACUGCAAGUUUGAGGACUGGCUUAUGCCCAUUCUGGACCAGAUGGUGUUGGAGCAGAAAACAGAGGGCACAUGUUGGACACCCUCAAAAAUGAUCCACAGACUAGGCAAAGAAAUCAACAACCCUGACUCUGUUUACUACUGGGCUUACAAGAAUGACAUCCCAGUGUUUAGUCCCGCCCUCACUGAUGGUUCAUUGGGUGAUAUGAUCUACUUCCAUUCCUAUAAGAACCCGGGACUGGUUUUGGACAUUGUUGAGGAUAUCCGGAGGAUGAACUGUAAAGCUGUGUUUGCCAAAAGCACAGGUAUGAUCAUCCUGGGAGGAGGCCUUGUGAAGCACCACAUCGCCAAUGCCAAUCUUAUGAGAAAUGGUGCGGACUUUGCUGUGUACGUGAACACAGGGCAGGAGUUUGAUGGCUCAGACUCAGGGGCCAGACCAGAUGAGGCUGUGUCUUGGGGAAAAAUCCGCAUGGAUGCCAAACCUGUCAAAAUCUAUGCAGAUGCCACUAUAGUCUUCCCCCUGCUGGUUGCUGAAACAUUUGCACAACAAGCCAGCAAACUGACAGCAGAUAAAAAGAGUGUCUAACACUGCCUGCUCUUUUCUCCUGUGGAUUCUCAUUCUUUUUCACCUCUUUCCUUCAUCUCUACUUUUUUGUGUGUUCUAUUAUGUGUGUUUCUGUUUGUCCCGAUUCCACCUACUUGUUCACAGCUACCCGAUUAUUUUAUACCUAUUUGUCUUCUUAUUGAAGUUUUAUUUAUAUUAUUGGGUAACUGUAUCCUUGUGUUCCCUUCUUUACUUAGUAGCAUGUUUUCUUCUUUGUUUUGGCUAAGAGAAAUUUAGUCUGUAUGCCAAAAGAUACGUUACGUAUAAUAUAAAUGCUUUUAUUAAAGACUUUGAAAGAAGCUGAAAUAAGAUAGAGUUGUAUAUUUUUUCUGCAACAGCUUGUGCAUGUUUACUAGUUGGCAAAAUCUUACAUUAGAUUGUUGCGCUGAAGUUGCACUCAGAAUGACCUUUUUUAGCAAAGGGUCUAGAAAGAAGUUGUUUUAUCUCAAAUUACCCCUUUCUUACUAGCGAGUGAUAUUCUUGACAAUUUUUAGUUAGGAUUUUGAGCCGGUCACAGCACAGAGACCACCUUCUUGAAAAAGGUCUGUUAGUAGCUUUUGACUUUGGGCUCUGUGUAAUUUUAAUGAUGUUAGAUCUUCAUGCCGCGUUCGACACUGCUGAUCUCUCAAUCCUCUUAGACUGUUCGGAGUAUGAAGUCGGCAUUCGAGGGACUGUACUAAAAUGAUUUGAUUCUUAUUUACUUGAUGGAACAUUUUCUGUGAACAUUUAAAAACUGUUCUUCUUCGUCAACCUAAAUAGAAUAUGGUCUUUCUCAGGGUUUGUAUAUGGAGUUUCCGGUUGUCUAUGUAGUGCUGUUAUGUGUACAUGGGUGUGUUGGUGUUUUGUCAUGUCACCGUUCUUUGAUUUUCUGCUUGUGAAACAUUUUGGUCAACUCUGUUGUUUUUAAAUGUGCUGUAUAAAUAAGUUAAGUUGAAGUUUGUUAUUCUUUUAAUGAUAGAAAAAAUGAACAAAGUGUCAUUUUUAACUGGUCAGACCGACGUUAUAUUGCUUCAGCCAUUCACCUGUAUUAUGUGAAUUUGACAUUUCUGUUAGAAAUACACUGAUACUAAAUUUCUCAGCCGUUACGGUAACCGAUUAUUCAGAGUGAUAUCGGCUGAUACCGAUAGUUCUGCCUUUUAUGCCUUCUUUUAAAUUAAUAAAAAUUAAUUCCACAAUUCUGAAAGAAAUGCAAAUAAAAACUUUAUUCUCUUCAUUUCAGCAAGUUGUUUCACAAUAACUGGUCUCAUAAACAGAAAACACAUUACACUAAUUAACAUUAACACAUUAACACACUCUUUUGAUUGACAGGAUAUCUUGACAGGGCCCUGAUCAUCGGAUGUUUUUAAACUAUGGCCCAUAAACCGAUGGCACAUAGCGGGAAAAAUUGCCUUUAUCGGCCGAUACAUUGGUGCAUCUCUAAUUUUUGUUGGACAUGGUGAAUAUGUAUUGCUUUGUAUUUGCAUGACAUGUCAUCAUGUGAUUAAGGCCCCAGUCAUGAUAUAAACAUCCAGGUUCAUAGACAAAAAAAAAACAAAUCAAAAAAAAAAAACAGUUGAAAGCAUUCGAGCCCACUGACAAGUUUGGAGGAGCUCAUUGAGGAGACAUUACAGAUUUCAUUUGAUUACAAACAUUGGAGUAAGAAAUAAAUAUAUCCAAAUAAGGAUAAACAUUUGCAUUUUCUUUUAAACAUUUGUGAAAUAUCUGUGAUCAGGUGUGUGGUUCCAAAACAGCAAUCACGUUGGUGCUGUUUGUGCUGUCAUACUAAUUAUGGUGGUGUUCUGUGAUAUUACAUGGAAGGGGUAAAAUCAAUGCAUUACAUUGCCAGGUCUCAUGGUGUAAUAAGAAUGAUCUGGAGCAGACUAUUACUUACACACACACACACACUCAUAUAUACAAGGUUAGGUUUUUCAAGACACUCUACUAGGUACAUGCAAGAUAUGUUUCCUCAGAAUACCAAAAGACUAUGUGUCUGGGUUAUUAGUUGUAUUGUUUGUAGUUGCCUGAUGGAGUACUUUCAGAAGGAUGCUGAUCUAGCAAUCACUAGUGUUCUUUUUUUUUUUUUGUCCUUCUUACCAACAACCAAAGGAAGGUUUAUUUGUUGGUGGCUUGUCCACACCUUGAUAUCUCACUCACUGCUCAUACCUUCAGUAGGUGCUUUUUUGCUAUUCAGAUUAAUUGACUUGCACACGACAGAUAAUAUUUUCAAAAUCAGGAAAGCAGGGGCAAAACUGUCAUUUUAUCUUUAAUGUUAGCACAUACUAUAUGCUUGCUUCUCCGGUUUCUGGGAAACCAAAAUGUGGGGCUGGGCUCAGUUUGGAGUGCCUUAGCCAAGGGUAUGAAUACUUGGCUAAAUGAAAGAUUUCAGGUUGUUUUUUUGUUUUUGUUUUUUUUCCCCAAAUAAAUUAGCAAAAAUGUCUGAAAACGUGUUCUCGCUUUAUUAUAGGUAUAGGUAAUGGCCAAAAAAGUAAAUGUCAUCCUUUUUAAAUUAAAUCUAUUGUACAAUUAAAUGUGUAAAAACUGAAAGGGACAAUACCUUCCAAACCCACUGUAUGCAUAUCAUCUGUAUUUCAUGUAAAUGACUUAAAAAAAUAACAAUAAAAUCUAUCUACAGCA